AUGAUUCUUUCCCUUUCACUUUUUAUUCUUGGAUUUAUUGGACUAUCGGAAACAGCCACUUGUAGAUAUCCUCACGAGAAAUUCAUCGGAAAAAGAUGUUAUUCAUUUGUCUCAAAACGUCAUCCAUAUGCAGCUGCUGAGGAAUAUUGCCACAGUCAUGGAUAUGCUUUAGCCACCGUCGAUACUGCUAUCACUGCAAAUUUUUUGGCCUCCACUGCCGUUACAGAAUUCGGUUCGAACAAUGGACAAUUCUGGAUAGGUUUAUCCAGAAAGAAGGAUUAUUCGUUAUUCUACUGGGAUGACGGAACCAAUGUUGCAUAUACUAAUUUCGAAGCAGGAUUCCCAAAUACAAAGGAUUAUGUUGCUGAAAAUGUGAGAAAUGGUAGAUGGCAGACACUUGCGGAACACAAAGAACUGGAAUUCGUUUGCUCAUAUGACCCAUUAGCAACAACAACUCCUGCCCCAACUACAACUCCAACUACAGUCAAAACUACAACUGUUACUACAACUACAACUGUCAAAAAGACGACAGCAACUACGAUGACAACUCCAAAACCAACUACAACAGUUUCCACAACUACCACAACUACAGUACCUCCAACGACAACAGAGAAGGCGUGUCCUCGUGGAUUUACUUUAUUCGAACCAACUCAAAAAUGCUACAUUGUGCUGGUCUACGGAAACGAUUCGGAUUAUCCUGUUGUUCCGGAUGAUGCUCCAUUCUUGACGAAAGAAAACCAAAGAUGUGCCAAGUACGGAGCAACUGUUGCCACGGUUCACUCCUCCGGCCUCAACGAUAUUCUCAGAUCUCUGAUUUAUGAGCGCUUCAAUGACACUCGAUACGCAACCAUUGGUCUUCGUAACAUUGACAUGAAAACUAUUGGAGGAAAAUGGGCGUGGUUUGAUGGAUCCGCAACAGAUUAUCUGAAUUUCGGAAAUAUGUUCCCAAAAACUGGAGAUUAUAUUGCACAGACAUCAUCGCAAGGUUUCUGGGUGACGUAUACACAUACAGCACCGAAUGAAGGUGUCGUUUGUUCGGUUGAUUUUUAA